AUGUCAUCGCUUCCAGAGCAAGGAAGAUGCGUCUGCCACUCGACUCCCUGUUCACAUGCUCUUUCUCUCAGCCGCCGAAGAACCUCGUGGCCGAAACGGCCAAAGUGGCAAUUCAGGGGCGUUGUUGUGCCUUCCUCAUUGCAAAGGCAGGAAGCAUCAGGGCCGUGGCUUCUACUGCGGGGCAUCAUCAGUGAGGAAGAGCGUCUCAAUCUUCUUGAAUCUGCUGUGAGACAGAAAAGGCAGGGUCUCCUCCUGCCAAAUCCAGCAGGACCACAUCGCUUUUUUCGGCGACUGGAUGCGACUGAUGGGGUGGACUCUUUCUUAGAGGAACUCACGCAGCGCCUGGAAGAUGCUGUGGCAGGACUAACGGGAAGGCAGUUAGAUCCAACGCUUGGACGGGUGUGCUCCUACAUCGAACCUGGAGGUUUCAUCCACGAGCACCGUGAUCGAUACCAUGCCCAAACAGACGGCAUAGCGCAUCUACGCGCAAACAUUGUCGUGCAGAUGGAGCCGUCUGGACGUCCAAUCAUUGCUGGGAAGUCCGUUCCUGUCAACCAAAGGGAUGCAUGGAUCUUCUUCGCUUCCCGAGAACUACAUUCGACGGAAGCUAUUUGUGGUCCUCAACCAAGAAUCGUGUACGGAUUCGGCUGGAGCGUGCCGGAAAGCUUCACACCACGGACACCAGAACGGUGUGAGGACAAAAGACUCAGACUGCAGCGCAAGACAGUUCACGUCGUGACGAAGACAGGCUCAUUAGAGAUAUAUAUAUAUAUAUAUAGGCUACUUGCGGUCGAGGCUCGAGACGACAAGCGCAUCUCUAGCAUAGCUUUUGUGCCAUUUUUGCCAUGGCCAGUACUGGGGCUGCAGACCCAGCCAGUGCCAAUGAAGCCGUUUGGAAAUCGACAUUGGGUGACUUUGCACAAGCACUUCACUGCCAGGACGUCGCGAUGA